UUCACCAGCCUUACAUUGUUAAAUAAACAUUCUCUCUUUCUCUCAAAAUGGCAAUCAAAACUAAGAAUGUCGCAGUGUUGUAUCUUAUGUGCAUUUUAGUUUUUGUUGUGGCUUUUCAGUUCUGCAAAGCUGACAGUGUAGGUGAAGUUUAUAAACAAUGUAUGAAAGAAUGUGAUGACAAAUGCAAAGCAGAUGGAUACGGCGAUAUCUUUUAUCACGGAAAGUGUUCUGUGCCCUGUGAUGCCAAACAACGACAAGAUAACGUAAAUCAGGUACGUCAUCGGAUUCCAAAUAAUUCUAAUUUGGCAUUGCAGUACUUGCAAACUAGGAGAGAAGAACACUACAUGAUAUGCAUAUACGUACGUGUUUUGGUAUUUAGCAUUUGCAACAAGACAAUGCAUUGUUGGAAAUUUUGGGUUAAACAAGAGGAUGAAAACAGAAACAGAAAAUGGUGUACUCCUGACUUCAAGGCUCUUUCGAUUCUUUUAGACAAUAAAUUUCUGACAGUGGAGGGUGAAUCUUCAAAUUCGAAUUUAACUGCUCCAUCUCUGCAAGUGAUGAACCAAACCCUAACUCGAUUGGAACGUUUUGAUGGUCAUAAUUUUACUCGUUGGCAAGAGACUGUGAAAUUUUUCCUGAUCACCAUCAAGUUGUGGUACAUACUUGAAGACGGUUUGGAUGAAAUUCCUGCACCAUCAGACAAAGACACUGAUGAUUUGAAGGCCAGAAGAAAGAAGCGUCAGGAAGAUGAUUUUAUGUGUCAUGGUCAUAUCUUGAACGCCCUGGGAACUAGUGUUUACAAUGUCCAUCGAAGUAUUUCGUCUGCAAAGGAAUUAUGGACUACGCUUGAAAACAAAUACAAGAUUUCUGAAGCAAGCAACAAGAAAUUCCUGAUUUGCAACUUCAUGGAUUUUAAAAUGGUUGACAGUAAGUCAAUUAUUUUCCGGGUCAGUGAACUUUUACUCAUUGUUAAUCAUCUUAAGGAUGCUGGAAUUGAACUUGUUUCUGCCUUUAUUGUCGGAGUCAUUAUUUCUCGUCUUCCUCCUUCUUGGAAUGGUUUUAAGAAGACUUAAGCAUGCUGAGACUGACUAUGAUUUAGAAGGUUUACAGCGUCAUCUUCGUAUAGAAGAGGACUCUCGUAAACGAGAAAUUAAGGAUAGUCAGCAAACUGAGGAUCAUUCUAAGGUUAACAGUGUAGAUUUUUCUAAGACACCAAAUGCUUUGAAACCUAAUAAUGGUACUCAGUUUAAGAAGAAACAUCCCAACAAGAAAAGUAAGAAGAAGGGGCCUUGCUUCUUCUGUGAUAAACCCGACCAUAUUUCUCGUGACUGUCGUCUCAAAAGAAAACAACAAGGACAGAAAAAGGAGGCAAAUAUGGUCGAUGACAAACUUGUUAUUGUAGUGCAAGCCGCCAACCCCGUUUCUAACAAUGAGAGUGGAUGGUGGUACGACAAUGGUUCAACUGUCCAUAUCUGUAAAGACAGGCAUCUUUACAAGACAUAUGAAUCGUUUACUGGCGAAGGAAACGAAGUUGUCUCUGCAAACAACUUACACAGCAAAGUGAUUGGAAAAGGCACUAUUGAUCUCUCCUUUACUUCAGGAAAGACUGUUACUCUUACUAAUGUAUUACAUGUCCCUGACAUUGUGAAAAACCUUGUUUCUGGAGACCUCGUUAUGAAGGCCGGAUUCAAGAUGACUUAUGAGUCUAAUAAGUUUGUAUUGUCCAAAAAUGGUGUAUUUGUUGGACAAGGAUAUGCUUGUAAUGGGAUGAUUAA